GCGCCGAUCUUUGCCGAGUGUAGCCGACAACUUCCGGAAGUGUUCGUGCAGCAGACUGCAGCUACCACACUCAAACGCGAGCUUUUAAGGGUUUACUCACACUCCUGGCUACCAGUAAAACUUGUUCUAUCCGUCACCAUGUCCGUUUUGUGUUAUAAUACCGGAUGUGGGCAGCGAUUUGAUCCCGAAAACAACCCAGACGAUGGCUGCACCUAUCAUCCCGGAGUCCCAGUGUUCCACGACGCAUUGAAGGGAUGGUCUUGCUGCAAGAGAAGAACUACCGACUUUUCGGACUUCCUCAGCAUUGUUGGCUGCACAAAGGGGCCCCACAACAAGGAGAAGCCCCCCGAGCCGGUGAAACCAGAUGUGACAUCGUCAGGAGAAAAGAAAGACGCAGAUGACCAAAAACCAAAGUUUAACGAGUACAUCAUCUCGGCACCGAAGCCUCAGGAGGCGAUCUGCAGGCCAAGUGCUGAUGAGCCGAUGGUGAGAUUGCAGCAUAAAGUCUCUACUUCUCUGAAGCAAGCUCUGGAGAGACUGAAGCUUUCUGAGAAUAUGGCAAAGGAGAAAGAGGAAGACAAUGACGAGAUCAAGAUUGGAACAUCUUGUAAAAACGGAGGAUGUACUAAAAGCUUCGAUGGACCUGCGUCCGAUUCGGACGUGUGCCUAUACCACUCUGGAUUUCCUAUCUUUCAUGAAGGGAUGAAAUACUGGAGCUGCUGCAAGAGGAAAACAUCAGACUUUAACACCUUCCUCUCUCAAGAGGGCUGCGCCAAGGGAACACAUCUAUGGAGGAAAAAGGACGCGGGUAAGAAAGUGGUUCCGUGUCGGUCUGACUGGCAUCAGACGGGCUCGCAGGUCAUCAUCUCCAUCUACGCAAAGAACGCCGUCCCGGAGCUAUGCUACGUGGAGGCCAACAGCACCACGCUCGACAUCCAUAUCAUAUUUGAGGGAGACAAGGAAUUUGUGCAAAAAAUCAGCUUGUGGGGAGUGAUAGACGUGAGUAAAAGCGUCCUGAACAUGAUGGCCGCCAAGAUUGAGAUAGCCACAAAGAAGUCCGAGCCCAUGUCAUGGGCUCGCCUGGACCUUCCUCCCCUCCCCCCGCCCAAGGAGGAGGAGGAGAAGAAGGAAAAAGAGGAGUCUGAAAGCGAGGAUGAAGAUGAAUGAUGAGGAAUUACAAUACAAAACUAGUGUGUAUACUUUCCUGAAUGAAAGGCCAUAUAGUCCAAUCCAUACCUUCUUUUGCUCUCUUCGAACUUCCGCCUCUACGCUUAAACAUUACAGUGUUUCCCUUUUUAUUCUUAGUUAUCAACGUUCCUGGUUUUGACCGAGGUUUUGGUUUUAUUUGUCAUUUUGAAUGAUCAAAAAUCACCCAAGUAAUAAUAUACUGAAUGAUAGUAACUGAUGUUUAGCUUGGUAAUUGCAAUCAAAAUAGAUUAAGAUUGGACACAUAAAGCCUUUUUUUUUUACAUGUAGCGUUUCAUCGUAAUGGACCCACAAUGUUUGGGAAAAGAUUCAUUCCAUCCUGUAGUUUCAUAAAGUGUUGCACUGAUUGUCCACUUCUUUUACAUCAGACUAAAUGUUGCAAUUUUUACACAUACAUUUCCAUCUGUGUGACAAUGAAGGUGCUCUGUAUUUAGAGUAAGACAUUUUUAACACAUCUUAAGAUUUCCACAACUGUAUUAUGUGGAUUUAUUCUGAAUAAAUUGUUUCAAGAAAUACAACUUUUCUUUGGCACUCAAUACAAAUGAAGAUGUUCAACCACCCUUUUCUUUUUGCAAUUUAAAUAACAAAACUUAAACUCUAAAUCUUUUUGUUUUGUUACAUCAUAUUGUGUAUUUUGUUUUGCCUCGAAGCAAUCACUGCUGUAUUUAUGUCCUCAUUUCUUGUCAAAGCAAUCUAAAGACCAUUUUCUAAAGAGAAUGUACUGUAAUAUCUGAGAAUGCCAAUUGAAUACAAUGUAUUUUAAAGCAAAGUAGGGCUACUGUAUUAUACAAGUUGUGCUUGAUCAGUGGUUCUCGAGGUUGGUGUUGGCCAAUUUGCUCCAAACACUCACCAUUGAGCCACUUGUGAAUGCACACAAACUUAAAAAGUUCUAUUCAAAAAGCAAAUGAUAUCACUGGGAUGUAAUUAAAAUCGCCCUGUUUGAGAACUACUUUAUAGGCUGCAUGCUUCAAAGGCCAUGAAUGUAUGAAUUGCAUUUGGAUAAAUUGCAUGACUCCCAGGUAAAAUUAGGGAACCAAUUUAUCUUCCAAACAAAUAAACUUUUGUGUUGAACUUUCC